CUUUUUUCAUUUUGAGAUUGUCCCCAAACAAAAGAUAGCGGGAGUAUGAAUGGCUUGUAUUCAACAACAAAGCAAGACUAGGACACAUGUCAUGUGUGUGAAUCAAUAGCCUCUACCAUACUUCAUCAAAAUCUUGGAUGUAGUAAACUAUACAUGUAACAUUGGAUAACACUGGCAAAAUUUUAUGGGAUGUUGUAAAUUUUAAAAUUGUUUGAACGUCAGCGGUUAUUCGGUGACGGGAACCAAUUGAAAGUUCACUGCUACGUAAAUUUACUUAAGCAAAUGUCAAUAGAGUUUAUGAAUUUAAACGUUUAAUUUAAUGCAAAGGAAAUGUAAACAGAGAACUCAUGUGAUAUUAAAGACAAGAACCUUUGAAACAAGUUGAGUGGGUUCAAAUUGCUCAGUGACACCCAUGGUACGCAAGAGCUAUUUGCAGCAUUGUUCAUUUUUGCCAGUUUGUUAUUAAGUCACAUAUAAUCGAUCAGUGUUUUGACCAGAAGGAAGGCUUUAAGUGAGGAAUAAUAACAUCUCUAGAAGUGAUUGUUGCACCAUUAAUACUGUUGGAUGUUUAUUAAUGCUAUUUUGUGUGUCAUAUUAUAUGGAUUUUUUAUUGUGGAUUAUUGUAACAUGAGCAUAUAAAGAUGGCAAGGAAUGAUAUUACUUCUAAAUAUCUUAAAUUUAAAGAUGAACGUGAAGAUGUCCAAAAGAAGACAUUUACCAAAUGGAUCAAUUCACAGUUGUCAAAGGCCAGCAGACCAACCUUAAACAACUUGUUCACAGAUCUCAAAGAUGGCACCCACCUACUAUCAUUGUUGGAGGUUCUCAGUGGAUUGUCAUUGAAAAGAGAGAAGGGAAGAUUAAGAGUUCAUCAUAUAAACAAUGUAAACCAGUCUAUUGCUGUCCUCAGUAACAAUUAUAAUAUCAAGUUAGUAAACAUCAGUAGUAAUGAUAUAGUUGAUGGGAAUCAGAAAUUGACUCUUGGUUUGGUAUGGAGCAUCAUCUUACAUUGGCAGGUGAAAGAUGUUAUGAAAGAUUUAAUGGAGGACUUACGACAGACAAAUCUGGAGAGAACCUUACUAAACUGGUGUCGACAGACUACAGAGAGGUACCAUGAUGUAGAUAUUAGAAACUUUACAAAUAGUUGGAGAGAUGGACUUGGAUUUAAUGCCCUCUUGCAUCACUUUAGACCCGACUUAUUUAUAUAUGAAGAUGUGUUGAACAUGGACAAUGAGACAAGACUUAACCACGCUUUCAAUGUGGCUGAGAAAUCACUGGAAAUUGACAGAUUAUUGGAUGCCGAAGAUGUGAAUGUAGAUAACCCAGAUAAAAAGUCAGUGAUGAUGUACUUGAUGUGUUUCUUCCAAGUUUUACCACAUUCAAACAUAUCAGAAACAUGUGACAUAGAAUUACCUCCCCCUACACCACAAUCUGCCUUAAUACCAACACCAACUGAAAAAUUCCAUUUUGCUGAACAUGUCAAGAAAUCAGAGACUGCUAUGUCAAUGAGUAGUUCCUCAAACACCAGCACGAUGAGUUCAAGUACAAACUCGGUUGACCUUUCAACUUACCAGGAUGACCUUGAGAAUGUCCUGACAUGGUUGUUAUUUUCUGAAGAAUCCAUGGAAAAACAGGAAGCACUUGGACAUAAUGUAUCAAAGGUCAAGGAACAGUUUAAUCAACAUGAGGAGUUUAUGUUAGAACUAACCCAACACCAGGAAAGCAUUGUUCAUGUUGUCAAGGAAGGCAAUGACCUCAUCAGUGAAAAGAAGGUCACUGAGGAUGAAGAAAAGGAAAUCCAAAUACAGAUGGGACUCCUGAGAAAUAGAUGGGAAGACUUAAGACAAAAAACUAUUGAGAGACAAAGCAGUUUACAGAAACUUCUUAUGACCUUACAACAAAAGCAGCUUGAUGAACUGGCAGAAUGGAUGACCAAUAUGGAGGACCAAAUACAAACCCAAGGUCCAAUGGGAUCUGAUCUGCCAGAAAUUAAACAACAAAUUGAAAAACAUAAGAACUUACAAGAAGAAUUAGAUGUGCAGCAACAGAAAGUUGACAGUUUACAUGACAUGGUGGUCAUUGUAGAUGACAACAAUACAGAAUCAGCUUGUGAAGCUAUGGAAACACAACUUCAACAUUUAGGCAAGAGAUGGGCAUCAAUUUGUACAUGGACAGAACAACAGUGGCUCCUCCUGCAGGAUGUUCUGCUCAAACUACAACAUUUCUCUGAUGAACAAACAAAGUUCUCUGAUUGGCUAUCUCAGAAAGAGGCUAUCUUACAAAAAUUCCAGCAGUAUGAUUUAAAUGAUUCAGAUAUGAUGAUAACACAAGUAAAAGAUUUGAAGCAAAUAGAAACUGAUAUGGUAGAACAAGUGCGAAGAUUUGAUGAGUUGACAGAAUGUGGUCAGGAUAUUGUACAGUGUGUAGACAAUGACGAAGCAGUACAGAAAAUUACCUCCCAAUUAGAGAGCUUUCAGGAAAGAUGGGAGUCAAUUGUACAGCAGAUGGAAAAAUUAAGUAAAAAGAUUUCUGAAUCAGGGAUAGAAUUUAGUAAGAUAUCCAAAGAAAUGAUUACUGAGUUCUCUGAUGAAGGUAAAUUAAGAUCUCCAACAAGUUCUUCUGCAAAGAAAAGAAAAAUAGACAGUAUCAACAAGACAGAGUUUGAAAAUGAACUUAAAAAACUACUAGAAUGGUUUGAUAAGACAGAAUCUUCUCUUCAAAUGCUCAUUGCUGAUGAUGUAUCGCCACAGGACCAGUUUACUGAAGAGGAACAACUGGUUCUUGUUCAGGAUACAGAGAAUGAUAUAAGAACACAUAAAAUGGACUACAAUAAAACAGUAAGGUUGGGGAAGACUGUUAUAUCAGAACUUAAAGUUGCUGGGGAAUCCUAUGCCAAUUUUACGAAGGUGAUCACAGAUCUGGAGAAUAGAUGGGAACGUUUACAUCACCUACUAUCGGAUACCCAGAACAAAGUGGAUUUAAAUAUAGAAACAAAGAAACUUUAUAAUGAGUUGAAUACCCUGAAAGAAUUAAUUCAAAGUUAUGAAAAGUGGGCAAAUACAGUGGAAUCUGUGGCAGAGGAAGCUGGUGAAAUAUCCAAACAGAUAGAUCAGUGCAGAGUAAAAUUAAAAGCAAUGAAAUCCAAUGAAGAUCGAGUUGAAAGAAUAAACAGCCAGGCAGCAAAACUUGUCAAAAGAUCACCAUCAUCAGAUAAAAUAAGAUCAGAAAUCAAAACCUUCACAGAAAGAUGGGAGACAACUUUCGACAAAAUAAGUAAAAGACAAAGGUUGUUGUCUGAGGCCUUGGAUAAAGUACCUCCCAAAUCUUACGUUGAGGCUGUUGCAGCCACGUUGAAGUGGAUAAGUGACAUGGAGUCUGUACUUUUGACAGAAAAAUAUAUGGUCUGUGAUAUAGAAACUAUGGAAGAACAAUUGCAGCAGUAUAGGAAUUUGCAAUCAGAUUUACAAGAGCACAAUGGGAGCCUGGACUACAUUAACAAGACAGGCACUAACUUAAUAGGGAAGGCAGCAACUGAGGACCGAGCAUCGAAACUCAAGACUGAUCUCAAUGAUCUAAACACUAGGUGGAGCCAGGUGUCUGUUGUCAUUGACGAAAGACUAGACAAAAUUGAAAAAGCUAUUGGUCAACUAAAAAAGCAUAAGAGUCAGACAAGUGGUUUAAAUCAAUGGAUCGAAGAAAUGGAUGUGUUCCUUCAUGCUGACGACCCCACCAAUGGGGACCUACCAACAUUAAAUGCACAGUUGAAUGAGAGCAAUGGUGUUCAAGAGGAUAUUAAAACUCUACAACAGAAUGUCAACAACAUCAACGACUUAUGCAAACAACUUCUGGUGGAGGCGGAGCCUAAUUUCGGUGAACGUCUUGUGACUGAAAUAAAUAGUUUGAACGAAAAGUGGGCACAAACUGUAAAACUUGCUCAGGAACAAAAUACACGUUUAAAAAUGGCAUUAAAAACAAGUGAAUCAGUUUAUAACAGAAUUAAGGAAUUAAACGAGUGGCUUGAACCAAUCAAAGAAGAUAUUUCUAAUAAGGACUAUUCUGUGGAAAACCCUAAUGACUUGAAUGUCAAAAAUAAAAAGUUCAAGAUUUUGAAGACAGAGGUGACCUCUAAAGAGGAUGAAGUAAACAAAGUAAAUGAAGAAGCCAAUGAAAUGUUAAACUGUGCUCCAUCAGGCUCGCUACAGGAAUUAGCUCGUGCUCUGAUGAGACUCAAUGCUCUGUGGACGGAUGUUUACAAUAGGGUGGAUCAUUACUCACAACUCUUCUCUUCAUCUGAAACUCAGUGGAAAAAAUGGAAAGGUAUGUUGGAUGAAGAAAAGAGACAUUUGGGUACAUUUGAACGGAAAGUGAAGAAAUCCCGUGGAUUUAGUUCUGAUGCUGAAGACAUUUCUGAGGAACUUGAUGAUAUUGAAACGAGUUUGAGGGACCAUACAUUAGAGAAGAAGACAGCCCUGUGUCAGUUAGGACAAGAUCUGAUGGCAAACUCAAUCAUGACUGACGUCAUCAAAAAAGAGUUAGAGGAUCACUCCAAUCAGUGGAAUUCUUUGGACUUUCAGGCAAGGGAGAGAAUUCAGGAUUUAGAACAGUCAAUAAACAAAUCUCAAUCAAUAGAGAAACAGAUUUUAGAGAUGUCAAGUUGGAUGUCUGACGUUAGAGACAUGUUACAACAGAGGUUAGAUGCUGAUGUACUGGCUGGUGAUGUCCCUGAGGAAUAUCAGUCUUUAAAUGAAGAAGUAAAGCAACAAGAAGAUUUAUUAAAAGAGUUGGAGAAAGUAUCAAAAGAUUACAAGGCACAAGGAAAUGUUGAGGGAUACGAAAGAUUAGAAAACCAGAUUAGUCUCCUCAAUAAAAAUUUCGAGGAAGUGAUGUUAAAAUUCAACAAAUUUCAAAGACCAACAGAUUUCGAUCCUAAAUUAGGUCUCGUCCAACGAGAGUUGAGUAAUAUUGAGGAGAGAUUACAUUUACUGGACAUUAGAACAGAUGACCCUGAGGCAUUACAGAGUACUCAUGAUCACUGUAUGAAAUUCUACAAGACGAUGAGUGAAUUGAAGACAGAGGUUGAACAUGUGAUAAAGACAGGCAGACAGAUUGUAGAGAAGAAACAAGUUGAUUUUCCUGACAAACUCAGUAAACAGUUGGAUGCUAUUAAACAACUGUAUAAUAAACUAGGAAUACAGGUUACAAAAGGAAAGAAUACCUUGGACAAAGCCCUAAAGAUUGCUAAAAAGUUACACAAAGAAGUAAAUUCUAUACAGAAAUUUAUAAACACAGUGAAUGAAGAGUUGGAUACAAGGGACAAAACUCCCAUUGCUAAGAAUUCAGAAGCUACCUUGUCCUACAUAAUUUCUGUUCAGGAAGAAAUGACAAAGAGUCAGUCUAAACUGCCUAACACCAGAGAUCUGGUAUUCCAGUUACAAGAACUAGCAGAGGACGAGGAAUUAUCUGAAGCUAGACAAACUGUAGAAAAUCUGUCUGAACGAUGGGCUGUACUAGCUGAAAGACUAGUUUACAGACAGGGGCAGAUACAGGCAGAAGUAGCAGCUUUAGAAAAGCUGUUUAUUACCUUCCAAACAGCCAUAAUGAAUGUAAAGGAAUGGUUAGCUAAAGCUGAGAAUAUUCUGACCACUCAAAUACCAGGUCACAGUCAGUUCUCAGAUGCACAGAAAGAUCAAUUUAGGAGACUGCAGAUGGAAAUGAACGAAUUGGGCAGCCAAGUAGAUGAAGUCCGUGAAACGGCAAUAAAUAUAAUGAAUCGUAGCGAUAGAUACCAUAAAAUGGUGGAACCAGAACUGACUCACUUAAACCAAAGAUGGGAGGAGGUAUCCCAAAAAAUUAAGGAUAAACAGAAAGCUAUGACUGUGAUACCAGAAAUAACGGAAAUCAAACGUGUAACUGUUGCUCAUGUGUCAUCAUUACCACUUCGUAAUUCAUCUCCCGAACGUAAAUCCAGAACUCCAGACAGAUCUCGCUUUUCACCAGAUCGUUCAUCUGAAUCCCCGGAGAAAGCACCUACACCACCUAGACGAACGUCUGCAUCAUCAACACCUCGUAGUUCUGUCUCACCAACUUCACCCAUGUCACCAUCACGAAUCACCACUUCACCAUCAUUUAGUGCACCAUACUGUGAUAUUACUGAUGAAGAAUUUCAAGAACUUUAUGAUAAAGUGUUGAAAGACAUUGUUGUGUUUGAUCAUAGUCUAGUCAAUAAAGGGGAGUUAACCAAAUCUGAAGCUACAGGAAAUGUUGAACAUAUGAUUCAGAAUAUGGAAGCUGAAGAAAGACAAUUACAGGUUUCAGUGAGUGAUGUAUCUGACAAGGGCAGACAACUCUCACACAGUAUUGACUUGUCAGAUCAUGAUAAGGCUAUCCGUAUCUAUAGACAAGUGGAAGAUUUGAAGACCAAGUGGAAUAGUGUAAAGACUAGUUCUGAAAACAAGAAACAUACAAUGAGAGUUGUCACACCUAAAUGGGUUCUUUUUAAUGAAGAUCUCCAAGAAAUCCUUGCUUGGUUAGACAACAUAGAUCACCAACUUCAGUCAGCAGAUUCUCAGAAAAUCAAGGCUUUUGAAGAUGAACUGAGGAAAAGACAAACAAACUUCAGUGCUAUUACAAGGAAAGGGGAACAACUCUGUUUAGAAGGUGCUAGUGAAAUAACUGAACCAGAACUUCAUAAUAUAAGCAGACGUUGGAAUGAAGUUGACAAUAAAAUAAUUUCCUACCGAUCUCCUGUUCGUGAUGUCAGUGUUUCUGACAAGGCGAGUCCUGUUUGGACUUCUCGGCCAUCAUCAUUAUCAUCGUCUCGUAAGGAGUCAUCUUCUUCACCAUCAAGAUUUAUGUUGGAUUUACAAAAAUUAUUGGAUGAAAUUUCACAUAUUCAAAACACUUUGAGAUCACCAGAAUUACAUGGAAAAGAAUUUCAAGAUUUGUCACAACAAGAUGCCAUAUUAAAGAGAGUCAAGUCUGAUCUACAGAAAUUAAAUAACAGAGUGGAGAAGAUAGAAGAAUUAAGAUUGGAAGUGCUGCCACAAUGUACGGUAGAUGAGGGGAGACAAAUACGAAUAAGUCUAGAACAACUCAACGCUGAUCUACGACAGGUUAAUGAUGACUACGACAUUAGUUUAAGGAGAUGGACAAAAGCUGCAGAACAGUGGCAGCAAUUCCAUAGUGAUCUGAAAUCCUUGUCAUCAUGGUUAGAUGAAGCAGAGUACAAACUUAAAACCAUCACCGAUAGUCCUGACUCGGAUGCUGUUUAUAAGGUGUUAGAAACUGGUAUAAAGAAAAACCAAGGAAAGGUUAACAGUCUAAAUGCGUCUGGGAAGGAAAUAGUACGCCAUUCUGCAGCCAUAGAUGCUUCGGUUCUUCAGGAAAAAAUAGAGGUGUUGAAUGAGCGAUGGAAGGUGGUUUGUUCUACAGUCGUGGACAGACAUGACAGGUUGGACAGUGACAUUAGCAGUGUACGGACGAGCGAGUUCACCGAGGAUAUGGAUGAGUUGUUUUUCUGGAUCGAUGAGACGGAGAACAUUCUCUCAACUUUCGUUACUUUAGAGGAGGAUGCUCUUGAAGAAUUACUAGAAAAACUGAAGGACCGUGAUGAUGACGUAGAGGCCCGACAGCAGACAUUAAACGCUGUUUUACGGAAUGGGCAGACCAUGCUUAAACAGGAUGUCUCUCCAGAUGAUAAGGAUAACAUCAAAAAAGAUCUGGAGAAUUUACAGUCUAGGUUUUAUAAGGUAGCAAAGGAUAUUCGAACAAACAUACAUUUGACAGAAAGUCGAUUACAUAAGUUCCGAACAUUCCAAUUAGAGAUCGACGAACUACAGUCUUGGUUAUCCUCUACAAAACUGGUGUUAGAGACACAGAAUACUCCUGGUUCAGCCACAUCAGCAGACGGCAAUGAUUCAUUUGUUGUUGAUCCUCAGACAACUAAACAGGCUAUUGAAGCAAGGAGAUCAAAUGUUGAAUCUGUCAACAGUGAAUAUGGAAUGAUAAUGGAAGAAUGUGCAGAACAGGAAGUUAUUAUCCCAGAUUCAGUUCAGCAGCAAAUAAACAAUCUGAAUUCUGAUUGGGAAAUAAUCCAAAAAUUAGCAGCAGAAAUGAAACCUGUGUCAGAAGAAAAGAUGGAGGUUAUAACACAAGUGAAAGCUGAAGCAUUACAAAUGGGAAUUCAAAAGGCGAUAGUUGAAUCACAUCAAACUGGUGGCUCCAAAUCUUCUCAGUGGCCUGAUUUCGACAAGUCAACAGCAGAGCUUCGUGAUUGGUUAACUUUGUUGGAAAGAAUGCUGAAGUCUCAGAGGGUCACAGUGGGAGAUAUCAAGGAUAUUGAACAAAUGAUACAAAAAGAAAAGUCUGUUCUACAAGACAUGGCUACCAAACGGACCCAGCUAGAGGACGUACUAAGUACAGCAGAAGACCUUCAGAAACACAGCACAAGUGAGAGUGAUAAACAGAUGCUUAAAGAAAAGGUUGAGAAACUAAGAGAGCACUGGGAACAGGCUUAUGCUAGAGUAAACCAAAGAAAGAACCAAUUAGAUGAUAUGUUGUUGGAGUGUCGUCAGUUUGAUGAAAUGUAUGCAGAGUUUGACCGUUGGAUUUUACAGGUCGAAGAUGAGCUAGACUCUGGUAAAAUUGAUCCUAAAGCUGAAGACAUUGAUAAACAAAUCGCUAAACAGAAGCGUUUACAAACGGAGGUUGAUGAGAGACAGAAGAUGAUUGACAGUUUGAAGAAGUUAGCAAGUAAACUGAUAGAUGAAUACAGCCAAGAAGAUACCAGUCAUGUGAAACUUCACCUGGAGAAAGCAAUGAAUAGAUGGUCAACAUUAUUACAUAGAUUGGCAUACAAUAUAAAAGUGUUACAGACCAACAGGAACUCCCUUCAACAGGUAGAAACCACAUUAGAUGGCUACAUAGGCUGGAUGAAGGGACUAGAGAAUAGCUUCACAAGACUGGUGACAGAAACUAAAAAACCUGAAGUCAGAGAGAAUGACGACCUUUGUAAAGAAUAUCUGAUACAGUUUAAGGAUUUACAAGCAGAAGUUGAUGCUAAUAAAGGGACAUACGAUUCAUUGAAUACUGCCGGUAAUCAGCUGACGAGAACCAUGGUGGCUGCCGAUGCACAGCGACUACAAAGACGAUUGGAGGAAAUGAACCAACGAUGGAUCAAUCUAAUGACCAAAUCUAUGGAAAUAAGGGGUCGUCUAGAAAGCAAUGCUGAACAGUGGCUCCAUCUGGUGAAUACCUUACAAGAACUUAUCAGUUGGUUGAUGACAAAGCAACAAGAACUUCACAAGCAGAGACCAAUUGGUGGUGACACCGCAACGUUAGGGCAACAGAAUGAGGAAAAUAAGAGACUGAGAAGUCAAUUAGACACCAAGAGACCAAUUAUAGAACAGAGUUUAGAAGCUGGUCGUUUCUAUCUCAGGGAAGAGGGAGAGGAUUCUAGACUGAGUAACAGUAGUAAUGACAGUAAUGAUCAUGAGGAAAUGGCAGCAGAAUCGUCACAUGAUAAGGAAGCUCAGCAUUUAAUUAAAAAGAUAAGAAGACAGGUGCGACUUCUCAACAGAAAGUGGACCGAGGUCAAUCAGGGCUGUAACGAAUGGCAAUCACGAAUAGAGACAGUGUCAAAGAAAGUGACAACAUUAGAAAAAGGUUUAGAUGUAUUAAAUGAGAAGUUAUUAGAAGCAGAGCAAACUAAAUCUACAUGGUGUGCGAUUUCAGAUAUUCUGAUUGACCAUUUACAAGGGGAGAUUGAUGAAAUUAAGAAAUACCAGCAAGCUAUAACACCAAUCCACAGCCUUGUAGACAGUGUAAAUGAUGAAGCUAAUGAACUCCAGAACUUGAAUGUUGUAUUGUCACAUACUAAUGUUCAUAAACUAGAAGAUUAUAAUACAAGGUGGAAAGAAUUACAGAUCUCCUUGGAAGAUAGAUUAAAAAAUUUACAGGAAGCUAUCCGAGAGUUUGGUCCAGAUUCUCAACAUUUCUUAUCCAGAUCGGUGGAUCAUCCGUGGGAGAGAUCUGUGUCAGGAAAUAAAGUGCCUUAUUAUAUUAAUCAUACAUCAGAAACUACACACUGGGACCACCCAGAAAUGGCAGCUUUAAUGGAGGCCUUAAAUGAAUUAAAUAAUGUCCGAUUCUCAGCGUACAGAACUGCUAUGAAGAUAAGAAUGUUACAGAAAAAACUUAGAUUGGAUUUAAUGGAAAUGAAUGUAGCUACCCAAUCUUUUGAACAACAUCAUCUUCGUGGUCAGAAUGACGAUUUAAUGGAUAUUAUUCAAAUUAUAAACUGUUUAUCUACAAUGUAUGAAAUAGCUGCUCAAAGUCAUCAAGAUCUAGUCAAUGUUCCAUUGUGUGUGGACCUCGUCCUUAACUGGAUACUCAAUAUAUAUGAUGUAGCAAGAAGUGGAAAAAUAAGAGUUUUGUCUUUCAAAGUAGGAUUAAUAUUAUUGUGUAAUGGUCAUUUAGAUGAGAAAUAUAAAUUUUUGUUUCGAUUAAUAGCCAACACUAAUGGUUAUACAGACCAAAGAAAGUUAGGUUUAUUAUUACAUGAUUGUUUACAAAUACCUCGGCAGCUGGGUGAAGUCGCCUCCUUUGGUGGCAGUAAUAUUGAACCCAGUGUUCGGAGUUGCUUUGAAAAGGCAAAUGGUCGGCCAGAAAUCCAGGUUUCCCAUUUUCUUGACUGGUUACGAUUAGAACCUCAGUCAUUAGUUUGGGUACCAGUAUUACACAGAUUAGCUGCUGCAGAAACCGCCAAACACCAGGCUAAAUGUAAUAUAUGUAAAGAAUUCCCCAUUGUUGGCUUUCGAUAUCGCUGUUUACGGUGCUUUAAUUUUGAUAUUUGCCAAAAUUGUUUUUUCUCCGGAAGGAAAUCCAAAAAUCAUAAACUCACUCAUCCUAUGCAAGAAUACUGUACCGCUACAACCUCAGGAGAAGAUGUACGAGAUUUUACAAAAGUUCUCAAAAAUAAAUUUAAAACAAAAAGACAUUUUAAGAAACAUCCAAGGCUUGGUUUCCUUCCUGUUCAAACUGUUUUAGAAGGAGAUGCCUUAGAAAGUUCAAAACCAUCUGAGACCACAUCAACUUCAGUGCAAUGUCCAUCACCAUCACCCCAACAUAGUAUUUCAUCACAAGAUAUGCAUUCCCGCUUAGAACUUUAUGCAAGUCGAUUAGCUGAAGUAGAACAAAGGCAAGCAUCAACUACACCUGAGUCAGAAGAUGAACAUCAACUUAUAGCACAGUAUUGUCAAAGUUUAAAUGGUGAUUUAUCAAGUCAUGCUUUAAAAAGUCCCAUGCAGAUUAUGAUGGUUGUUGAUUCUGACCAGAAAUCUGAACUUGAAGCCAUGAUUAAAGAUCUAGAGGAUGAAAAUAGGUCACUGCAAAAAGAAUACGACAGAUUAAAACAGGACAAGGAAAUGCAAGUAAAUGGGCAUUCCGGGUACAGUAGUGAUAAUGAUGAUACUGAAUCGUCAAUUAACAGGGAUGCAGAAAUGAUUGCAGAGGCGAAAUUGUUACGGCAGCAUAAAAGUCGGUUAGAAUCAAGAAUGAAAAUUUUGGAGGACCAUAAUAAACAGCUAGAGGCACAGUUAUUACGGUUACGACAACUUUUAGAACAGCCUGCUGUUGAACAAAGUAUGUCUGUGGGGUCAUCUAUGCCAACCACACCCUCAUCACAAAGCUCCACCCAGGGGCAGACCAACUUUAGAUUCUCUCCACAGUUAGAAUCUACACCACAGAUGAAUGGCCAUAGUUCAGAUUAUAGAGAAGAUGCAUCUGAUCUCAGUGAAAUUGUAUCAAACAGCAGUUAUAACACACCUAAAGGUAAAAGCAACAAUGUUGGUAACCUAUUCCAGUCAGCAGGUGAGAUAGGUAAAGAACUGGAGACAUUGGUGACAGUAAUGACAGAUGACAGUGCUGAAGAUGAUGUCAAACAUUAAAAGUACAUCUGACCCUUCAAUGAGACAAUCUUCCGAACCAAUGGACAGGUCUUGAUGGCCAUUUCAUAUCCUGAUCUAGGUCUGGGACAGUUCUAUGAUCCCACUGAUGCUAUUAAGAUGACUUUUGUCAAUCUAGGGUUACUGUUCCUGAACUGUGUCGCUAUAAACAAAUAUCUUUCAAAAGCAAAAAUUUAUGAACUAGGUUAAAGAUAAGAAUGCCAGCCUUUUUAUUAACAGAAGAGAAAUUUGUUUGUUAGAAUUUAUAAUUUAUGUUAUUGUUUAUUUUAUGUUGCCAUAUGACAAGAGUUUGUUUUGAAAGUAUCAAAAAAAAGAUAUCUAUAAGGUUAACAUCUUUUACAGACAGCCCCUAUUUUAUCUUAAUAUGAAUUUUAAAUUAUCCCAUAUGACAUGAUAUUUUAUUGCCAUCAUGUCAUAAAAUUUACUCACUACCUCAAUUUCAGUUAAAGACUCUUAAAUUAGUUUUCCUAGUUUUGAAGUGCAUUUAGUAUUCAGUUUAGAUUUUAGCUUCAGUUAUUAGAAUAGAAAAAUUGAAAAAUUGAUCAUGAAUAUAAUUGAUAGAAUAAAAACAUCAAUUAGAUGUAUGCAGAAAAUAUAUAAAACAAAUCACAUACUCAAAUUGGAUCCAACAUUGUUUUAUUUCAUCCACAUUUUUUAAAGCCAAUAAUGACUGAAGUUGAUAAUUUGUUGACACAUCAUAACUUUUUGUCCAUUGAACAAUAUCAGUAUAGUUCAUAUCUUGAUAUGUGAUUACAAACAAUAACAUAUAAUUGACACUGUCAACUUACUUCUGUAAUGUCAAAUAAUCAGUUACAAUCUACUAUGUCAUCAACAUGUCAUAAGAAACAAUAUCAGUACAGACUUUCAUUAUAAUGUCUACAUACAGUUGCUUAUGUUAAUGACAUGUCAUCACACAAACAACUACAUUGUUAUUGUUUAAUUGGCCAUUUCAGAAUCUAAAGCAUCAUGGGUAAUUUCAUUGUUCGUACCCCAAAAUGAAAAUAAUGUUACGUCAUUGGUUGAAUUUCCAUUGUUUAUAAUGUUUUAUACCAAUUAAAACGCUUUGGUGUAUGCUUUUGAAAAUAUUACCCAGGAUGCAUUAGAUUCUGAUCAUGAAACGGCCAAUUCUUCAUGUCAAGACCGUGUUUUCAAAAGUUUGAAUGUUACAAACAUAUAAAUUAUAACCUGAUGAUUGAUACACCUGUGUUCUGAAUAAGCACUAGUUAUUUAUUGUCUGGAUGAAUUAGUAUGGUUUAAUGUGCGGAAGGAACAUUUUAAUUUAUGUUGUUAUUUUUAUUGAUAAUUAUACAAUCUGUCAAGAAGAAAGAUCAAAGUGUCCCUCAUCAGAUAACUCAAUACUGCUGUAAUGAUAAGUUCUUGGAGAAAGAGAAUGCUUAAUGAAACCUUAACUUAUUAUAUAUGUAUCAACUUCAUAUCAUUCCCAAAUACCUUCUUUCACUCUAAUGACAUCAUGUCCUGAACAUGCAUAAUUGCUUCUGGACGUUAAGCAACCACCAAUCAAUCAUUCAAUCUUUGCAGUGAGGGUAAACUAAGUGGCAUUGUUCAUUACCUUGUCUUUUCAAACCUGAAAUCAAAUACAUGUUAACCAAUUUUCUUACAAGGAUCAAUUUUAUGCUAAUUUUAGUAAUACCUGUUUAAAAAUGUCAGGUAUAGAAAAUUAUGCUUGUGUAGAACUUGGGUUACACUGAGUCAUGGUCAUCUGCAUGAAAACAUAUUAAUUUUAAAUCCGACAUCUUAUUAGAUAUCUACAUUAAAUUCUGUUGUGAGAAAAUUGGUAACUAUACAAAAUGUAUAUGGUUUCAGUUGUAAAAAUCCCCAACAACACAUAAUUAAAGUGUUCAGCUAUUUAUUAUAUCUAUAUAAGUUGACUACAUUUGUUCAUUAUAAUUUGUAUAUUUUGUUAAUGGUGCUAUGAGUCAAGAUUUGUUGUUCAUGUCAUUAUAUUAUUUGUUUAUUCAUCAAUUAAAAUAAUAACAUUUGUCCAUAAUUAUAUAAGUUCUUGAAUAAGAGAACAAUUUGUAAAUUCAUGAAAUGGUUGUGCUUUUUUCAUUUUAAUUAUUUAUCCUUAUUAUACUUUGAUUAUUUUGUUAAUUAUAUCUCUUUUUUCAAUGUUUUAGUUUUGUUUUAUCAACAAGGUUGUACACAGUUACAACUUUUAUUUUUUUCAAAAUAAAUCUCAAGCAAUUUGCUAUAAAAUGUCAAAUAUUCAUUUAUUCAUAAUUUUGAAAAAAGAAUAUAUUAUUCUGCUGAUAUAGAUAUUUGAUUGCAUGAGAGAGAAUUUUAAAUUAAUUUUAACGAAAAGGCAUUUCUCUGUUCAAUUGAUGUGUUCAAAUGAUAAGAAUUUAGAACCUUUUGAAAAAACAAGGUCUUACAAUAACCACAUAUAUUCCAGUGACCUACAGAAAUCUUUUUGUUUAAUACAUGUACUGAUACUCUGACAUAUUGUGAGCACAUGUAUAAUUAUUUACAAAAGAGUUGUAUGUUAUUCAUACUUCAAACUUAGUCAAGCUUUACAAUACAUAAAAAUAUAGAUUUAUACAAUGCAAAGAAGCAAAUACAUAUAUUUAAGAAAUUA